CAGAUGCUGAGUGUAACAGCAGACAAUGCAUCAAGUAAUGACACAAUGACAACGGAACUUGCCAAGCUCAUUGAUCAUUUUGGUGGAGAAGCGGUACACACACAUUGCCUCUUGCAUAUCAUCAAUCUUGUGGUCAAAAGUUUAAUUAAAGAGUUUGACAUACCAAAACACCAUAGUGUCAAGUCACUUGACAGUGCAGACCAUGAC